GCAGUGUAAAUGACAUUGCUUCCAGAGAAGAGGUAGUGCCGUUAAGCUAACGAGAGAGUCACGAAAAUGCUGCUAUGGGCCUCCGGGUGACCUGACAACUAGAGUCACCGAGCUUCCGUUUUUUAUUAUUUAGCUUGUAGAUGAUAAAAUGAUGGAUCGGAGGUAAGAGUCACUUGUGUUUGGGGGAAAGCGGUGUCAGGUAAAGCGAAGCCUGUGUAAACCUGCCUUGCUGUCAAGUUGGCAGACGGCUUGUUUUUAGCUGAAUGAGAGGAACGCCGUCCCACUAUAUCUGCUGUAGCUUCAGGCUAUGAUAGAUUACCGACUUGUUUGGGUUGGAAACGUUGCAUUUCUCCGCUCCAUGUUACCAAUGCGAGUCAGCUUAUGCUAAAGGGGGAUGGUUUGUGAUUUGCAUGCGAGCUAAGUGUACGUUUUGGUGACGUCCGCCAUGUUUUGGAAGUUCGACUUGCACACAUCCUCUCAUCUGGAGACCUUGCUGGACAAGGAGGAUGUCACGCUCUCUGAGCUCCUGGAUGAAGAAGAUGUUUUGCAGGAGUGCAAGGCCCAAAACAGGAGACUCAUCCAGUUCUUGUGCCAGGACCAGUGCAUGCAGGAGCUGGUUCGGCUGACUACGACAGAGCCCCCUGCUGGUGCAGACGAGACUAAGCGCUUCAAGUUUCCAAAUGUUGCAUGUGAGCUGCUCACGUGUGAUGUGGGGGUGAUAAAUGAUAAACUGGGCAACGAUGAGACACUUCUAGAAACUCUUUAUGCUUUCCUGGAGCAGCCAUCCCCUCUUAACCCGCUCCUGGCAUCUUUCUUUAGCAAGACAAUUGGGAACCUUAUCACACGCAAGACUGAGCAGGUAAUUAACUUCCUGAGAAAGAAAGAGGGGUUUCUUGCGUUAGUCCUGAAACAUAUCGAUACGUCAGCCAUGAUGGAUGUGCUCCUACGUCUCAUCAGCUGCGUGGAGCCUCCCCCACUUCGACUUGAGACUCUUACUUGGCUGAAUGAACAGAAACUGGCCCAGAGACUUACAGAGCUCAUCCACCCCGAAAGAGAUGAAGAGAGGCAGUCAAAUGCUUCUCAGACUUUGUGUGACAUCAUUCGUCUUAGCAGGGAUCAGGCCAGCCAGCUACAGGAGAUCUCGCAGCCUGACCCUCUGCUGGCAGUGCUGGAAUCGCAGGAAUGUGUGGAGCAGUUGUUGCAGAAUAUGUUCUCAGGGGGGAGGACUGAAAGCUGUAUCGUCAGCGGGAUUCAGGUUCUUCUGACUUUACUGGAAAUCCGGAGGCCCGUAGUGGACGGUGUCAUGGAUGCUCAAGGGUUUGAGAGAAGUUACACUGUUAACAGCAGCAUUUUGUUGGCUAUUCAGCCUCACUUGACACACUUCCACCAGCUCCUUCUGGAGCCACCAAAGCAAGAUCCUAUGCUGACUACUCUGGGCGUGCUGGAGGAACCACUGGGGAACACUCGUCUGCACGUAGCCAGACUAGUGGCCUCCCUGCUUUAUACCAGCUCUGCUAGUCAUGCUGUCGUAGCACAAGAGCUCUGCAGACUCGAUACUAUGGACCUGCUUUUGGACUUGUUCUUCAAACACACGUGGAACAACUUCCUGCACCUCCAAGUGGAGCUUUGUGUGGCUGCCAUUGUCCGUCCCUGUGUCCAUGAAAUGAGGCUGCAGCCUGGCAUGGGCUCCCAGGACAACUCUAAGCCUUAUCUAGAUACGUCACAGGAGGAGACUUUGAGUGAGGUCCCAACUUCUGAACCUUCAGUCGCCUCUGAAAACUCGGCACACAACCUCUUGGUGACUCAUUUGUUCCAUCACUGCCAUCUUGUCCAGAGGAUUCUGGAAGCCUGGGAAGAGAAUGACAGAAUACAGUCAGAAGGAGGUAUGAGGAGAGGUUUCAUGGGACAUCUGACCAGGAUUGCCAACACUGUGGUCCACAAUCUAGAAAAAGGCCCAGUUCACACUCAGAUUAGUAACCUCAUCACAGAGCUGCCAGAGGACUGCAGAGGGCGCUGGGAAACCUUCGUAGAACAGACCCUGUCAGAAACUAACAGAAAGAACACCUUAGACCUGGUUGGAACUGGAAACUCUCGACCUUGCUCCGAAGACGACAUGGAGAGCCCCUUCCCUAAAGAACUGACCGUACAGCAGGCCUUUUCAGACUAUCAGAUCCAACAGAUGACUGCUAACUUUGUGGAUCAAUUCGGCUUUAACGACGAAGAGUUCACUGACCACGAUGACAGUAUCGGGGCAACGUUUGACCGGAUAGCAGAAAUCAAUAUCAACAUUGAUGCAGGCCAAGACAGCGCCAACACAGCUGUGUUUGAGGCCUGUUCUAAGGAGAGGAUUCAGCCUUUUGAUGAUGAUGAGGAGGACAUCUGGGAGGAGAAAGAAAUCAACUAUGCAACACAAACCAAGUCAAGGAACAGGUUUGGUGGUUUACAGUCCUCUCAAAUCCAAGCAGAAAGUAUGAGUUGUGACAAAACCGAAGCUCCCGGUACCGAGGUCCCCGAUAGACCUGCAGACGCCGAUUCUGAGGAAGAAGAAAACAAAGAAGACUUUGAUCCUUUUUCAAGUCAGGGCCAGACAGAAACCGCUAUGAGCACUGGCUGGGUAGCAGAUUUUGGAGAAGUCAGCUCAAAGGCUCCCGCUGCUGGAGAAGCCUUCGCUGCUUGGGAUGCUCCAGCGUCUCAGCCAGCUUCCACUGAGGCUGGAGAAGAGAAAGGCUGGGCCAAGUUCACGGAUUUUCAGCCUUUCUGUUGCUCUGAAAAGGGCCCCAGAUGCAGCUCUCCUGUCGAUUCAGAGCUCAGUGGAUCUGACAACACCAAACCAAACCCAAACCCCUGUGUAUGGAGCUCUUGUGUGGCGAGAAAAGCGCCAAUCGUGGCGUCGGACAGCUCCUCCUCCAGCAGCUCGGACAGCGAUGAAGAAGAAGGAAAGUCGGGGUCCACGUCCACUGAGACGGUCACCACGGGUGCUGGCAAGGAAACCAUCCGGCUUACUGUAGAUGCCAAAAAUGAACGAGCGGUCUUCACAAGAAUUUUCCGACCUGCAUUCAGACGUGAAGCUGAUAAGGGGCCUGUAGAGGGACAGUCCAUCAACGACAAAGAUGAAGAAAAAGAGAAGAAACAUGGAAACUGUCCCCGCGCUAACGCCGUGUCUCCGACCACCCAAUCAGCCACUGUUACAUGAGAAAUGCAGUCCUCCACUAACGGACCGGCCUAGCGGCAUGUCACAGCCACGCGUUUCACAUCCUUUCAUUCAGCGUAGAGCCAUGCCACCUUUGCUUCCUGUUAGCAGCCCCAAAUUCCCUUUUGUUGUGUCCACAAUCAUGUAAGUGAAUAAAAGUUUUUCAGCUCCGAGAUCAAAUGGCAUUCCUACUGGAAACCAGCCACAACGGGGUACCAUUGAUGUCUCUGCUGCACCAUCCUGUCGCGAGUGUUUAAGGGGGAAAUAUGUUAAAGUUGUGUCAGAGGCUUGAUAUGAAUUUAAAACACCUGAGUCUUAAAUUUGACCUAUUGUUUACCUUCUAGGCAUAAAAUAAAGUCCCAUUCUUUUUUUUUCAGUCACAAGUUUUGACUGUUUACAUUUGAGCAAAGAAAACUGUCCUCAUAAUCAGUCUGGGUGCUUGCAAAGCUGCCUAAUCACCAUUUCAUUUCCACUAGUUUCAGCCUGUCACCUGCAGCUUUUGACUAUUACAAAUAUGAGAAUGAUGGAUAUUCAGCUUUCUACCUUCAUGCUCUAUCAAAGUUAGCUUUUUUAGCUUUGAUCACUGAAGAAAGGAAUUUUACAUCAUUCAGAUAGUCAAAAUUUUGGGAGAAUGAUUCGCUUGCGUGCGUGCGUGCGUGCGUGUGUGUGCGUGUGUGUGUGUGUUGGAGCUCUGUCUAAAGAGCGGAGUGUAUUCUCAGGUCCACAGAGAUCUAUACCGAUGCAAAGAAAGCACACACCUGUGUAACACACACACACACACACACAGUUCCAUCUGAGCACACGUGUCUAACCACAAAAACAUGCAAAAAAUAUUAAAAAGAAAUUUAAAAAAACUACUCCCACAGUGAUGACGUGCACAUGCCAGAUCAUACCACCCUCUGAGGUGUUUAAAUGUAAUAUUGUGGGUUUUGAACCUGUAUUAGGUUGUGGCUAUUCUUGGUAACAUGUAAACGUAAUAUAAAUGUAAACAUUAUAUAAAAACAUUAUAUCUAUUUUUGGAAUAAAUCUGAUGUAUGGAAUAAGGGUUGUCUUGCAGGAUUGUGUGUGUGUGUGUGUGCGCGUGCGUACGUGUGUGUGCGUGCGCGCGGUUGAAAGAGGCAAUAAUGAUAUACGUCUUUCUGUUAAUUAGACCAGCAUCAGUUCUGGUUUCUUUGCUUCCUGUAUGGAAGUACAGGAAUGUCGUGAGCGCGCGCCUCUUGUCUGCAGGAUGUCUUCCGUAAAGUUUUACUUAACAAAAAUAUAAAUAUUAAAAAUGCUGGUUAUCUACAACUUGAGCUAUUUUAUCACUUUUAAACUAAUUUAUUACCUAAAGCAGAACAUGUUAGAGAAAUGUCCACCAAUAAAAACACUGGUUUAUCUUAUUCAGUUUGUUUUUCUGCAGCUUGAUAAAAUAUAUAUAUAUAUAUAUAUAUAUAUAUAUAUAUAUAUAUAUAUAUAUAUAUAUAUAUAUAUAUUACCAGGCUACAUUAAGUAGAUUAGUAAAAAGGCAUUUCAACAAAACACUGCCAUAAAUUGGUAAAGUAUUUUUUUUAAAUAACUUAUAAAGAUUGCGUUUUAUUGAAGUUCAAAAACAACACCUUCUGUAUCUGGGCUGCAGCUUUGUGACCUUAUAAAUGUAGCGGAGCUGCUGAAAAGGAAAUAUCCACAAACAAUCAUUCGUCUCCUAACUUUAAACAUUAUGCCGUAUGACCAGAGUUGUAAUUAAACCAGAUUAAUCCAAUAAAUAAUCUUGUGCUUAAUUUUAUCGUUGUCCUUGUUUCUCUCUUUCUCAGGGCAGGGCCUAAAAUUUAAAUAUAGAACGAUUCCCGCGGAUAGUUGUAUUUAUUUCACAAUAACUUUGGUAGGCACCUUUUGGUUUCUAUUUGGUGGUUUCCACCUCAUCCCUUCCUGAACAAGGCGGGUGACGUCUGACUUGAAUGAGCGAAUCAUGUAGAUGCUCUUGUUAGUGUUUUUUAAUGCUUUUAGCCAAAGUGUGUCUUCCCACCAGUGCUACAGCGGGGUCUCUGUGACGUCACCUCUUCUUGCAGCGGUCUCACAUAUCUAGACCUUCAUUUGACCUUCCUUCCUGUUUUUAUUUUUGUUUUGUUUUUUCAAAAUCGUGGCGUUAUUCAGAUGCAGAGUCAAAGAAAUGAGUCAUCCUUGGGUUAAAACUCUGGCAUGCAUAGAGGCGUCAGUGGGUUAAGAGGGGGGGUGGGGUAGGGCAGUUUUUGUUUUGUUGUCUAGUGUUGGGUCUAGGGUUAGACAUCUGACCCUGUGUGUGUGUGUGUGUGUGUGUGUGUGUGUGUGUGUGUCCCUUGCAGGAUUUAGAGUAGAGCUACGGGUACGUUGCAAUGUUAUGCGUAAUGGCAUGUGGUACAAUACAGUAAACUUUAAGUACCAUUACGCUUGCACAUUAGCCUCAUUCACCUCCUUGGGUAAGUGCUGGAUCCAGUAUGUGUCCUAAACUUUAAUUUAAAACAAAACAUCAGGUGUUUUACUCACCUGAUGUUUACAUUAAGGCCAUUUUAGAAGUUAUGGGGUUUAUUUUCUUUAUAGCUUGUGUGUGUGUGUGUCUGUGUGUUUGUGUACACACACACCUGUGUGAGUGAGAAUAAAUGUGGUGGAAAGCUGUUAAAAAGACAAAAUGUGUUCUUCAAUGCCUUUUUUUUCUUUGUGAAAUAAACCGAUGCUGGUGUUUUCCUUUUUUUAGAGAGUAAUGUGUCUGCUACCUGUCGUCUAUUUAGCUUGUACAUUCAGAUAUGAACCUAAUAAACAUGUUAAAAAGA